CAUGUACUGGUUGUAAAAUGGAGAAUGGAGCCGGUUAUAACAGCCAUCCUACAGACUGUGAUAAAUAUACUCAGUGUUUGUUCGAUAAAGAAGGUUUAUUGACAGCAUUCUAUAGAAACUGUCCGUGGGGACAACAUUGGAACCAGGACAUUCUGUCCUGUCAACCACCAAAACAUGCAAUGUGUAAAAACGAUCCGUGUUUGAAUGUCCGGUUUGAAACGUAUGCAGCUAAAUCAUCUUGUAGAGCUUAUUGGGAAUGUCAAGGUUAUUCUGUGCCGAUGUGUUGUCCUCAAGGUCAUGCGUAUCUGUCCAAUGUCGGCUGUGUUCGAGAUUACAGUUGUCAAGAUGAAUGCCAAUCGGACAAUGUUCCUAAAUAUUCAGCAUGCAAGUCUCUGAUGUUUUUAGAGUUUACAAAACACAUCAGUGAUAGUUCCGGAAAUGACGUAUUUGUCAAAAAUGAAAAUGUAAAAGUCACAGACGGGGUAGCAUAUUUCAACGGAAGUGCUCGACUGGUUAUUCCGCAAUUUACAAACGCUGAACUUGGAAAUAAUUUUGGAUUUCGGAUUAGAUUUAAAGAAACCAAGAUAUAUCCUGGUCAUGGGUUGAGGCAGAGCAUUAUCAACAAUGGCGACUGUGGUGAUCUUGGGUCUGUUCGAUUGACGAUAAACGACAACAAUGUGGAGUUUGGUCUUAAAACAGAUGGUGAAGAAGGACCUAAGGAACUACGUAUAAAAAAACCAUCAGUUGAAUGGACAGAAGUUGUGUACUAUGUGACUGACAAUAAAUUGAAUGGAUGGGUCAACGGAGAGGCAAGCUCAGUUAUAGCGUCAGGUCAGAUUGAGAAGAGAAAAUGCGCACUUCAAAUAGGUCAUGGUGAAGGAUUCAGUAACUUUGUUGGUUUUAUAGAUGAGUUUUAUAUAGAAAUGAAUAGUUCAUUUGCAAGAGAGAAAGAAGAGUUUGCUAUCAGAAAAUGA